UCUGACUUGUCUUGUUUUUAGUAUUCAAAUUUCAUGAAAAUAACUCUAACUUACUAUAUUACUCAUGGAAAAAGCAUUAGAAUGGUUAAGACCACUUGUUGAUUCCAAAAAUUGGGAAUAUUGUGUUGUUUGGAAGUUUGGUGAUGACCCUUCAAGGUUUAUAGAAUGGAUGGGGUGUUGCUGUUCUGGUGCAAAUGGAGUUGAUGUCAAUGUUAAGAGAGAAAAUGGAGGGAAACAGACAUUUAGUUCUCUGUGUAGAGAUAUUCAAGUGCAGCAUCCUAUUAGAACAAAGGCUUGUGAGGCUUUAGCUCAUUUUCCUCAUUCUAUUUCUCUUUAUUCAGGGAUUCAGGCAGAGGUUGUAACAUCAAAUGAACCAAAGUGGAUUAAUCAUGCUGAGAUUUCCAAUUCAAAUUUGUCACAUGAAUUAAAGGGUACCCUCGUAUUGAUCCCCGUUGCUGGUGGAUUGGUUGAGCUUUACAAUUCAAAGAUGAUAUAUAAAGAUCAAAAGACGAUUAAUUUCAUCAUCAAUCGGUUCAAACUUGGUUCAGAAGAAGCCAAUAGUUCCGUAGCACAGAAAGAAGAUCAAGUUCUUGAUUUCUUUCCCUAUGAGAAAUCGAACUUUUGUGCUCCUCUCCUGCAAUAUGCCACAAGUUUUCCUUCAAGUGCACCUCAUAUUUCUCAAGUAUCUGAGUCUAGUGCUAAUCCCAGCAUUCAAGGAUCAUCGACCGGUUCCAUCCCUUCAAAUGAACUUACAUUGUGUCAUUCACCUCCUGACCAUUUAUCGCGAAAUGUACCAUUAAGUCAAUCUACUGAAGGGUAUUUUGAGCACACAGAGCUUCAGUGCAGUGGAAACUUAUCAAGAAUGGAAGACACUAUUUUUCCUUGGAAACAAGAAAACUAUAUAGUUGCAGGAGAUAUGUUCAGUAUGGGUAAGAAAAGGCAAAAAGGACCUUAUCAGUCGAAGAAUCUUGUCACGGAGAGAAAACGAAGGAACAGAAUCAAAGACGGUCUUUUUACACUUCGAGCUUUAGUUCCCAACAUCACUAAGAUGGACAAAGUCGCAAUACUAGGAGACGCGAUUGACUAUAUAAAUGAACUGCAAGAAAAAGUGAAGUUAUACGAAAUUGAGCUCAACAAAAUAGAAGCGGAAGUUACCAACAAUGAGAGUACUCCUGAAAUGGUCCUAUCAGACAUGACUGAAAUGUCCAAAGUUACCGGACAAACAAAUGAGAAAACACAAAUUUCAGUUAAUACAACUGAUAGAACGAGAAUGGAGGUGGAAGUGAAUCAAAUUGGUGCAAGAGAGUUCUUGUUGAAGGUCUCUGGAUCACGUAAACCUGGUGGAUUUACGCAGUUGAUGGAGGCCAUGAAUUACUUAGGACUUGAGCUAGUAAAUGUGAGUUGUACCACGUCUGGAGGGGAGAUCGUGAGCGUUUACAUAGUAGAGGCAAAUGUAGACAGAUUUAUUGAUGCACAGAAACUGAGAUCUUCACUAAUUGAGCUAACAAGUUGAACACAUAUAUCUUUUCUUGAGUCAUAUAUUAACUGUUUAGUUUGUCAAUCAUUUGACUUAGUUAUUAGCUACUCAGCUUGCAGAGACCAAUCAAUUGACUAUGUAUAAAGAUAGUGACUGAUCUCAACUUGUUGUGAACUUAUAAAAUCUAGGAUUUAUGAGUCUUCGGUUGUCCAAAGAAUCUCAUGUUAAUUUUAAUCAAUAUUUUCAUCUACGUUCACACUUAA